AUGGGCUGUUGUGGUGACCGUCACCGCGAUGAUGAUCUGAUUCACGUCAAGGCCGAGCAGAAAUGGGACUACAUCACUCUGACAGACUUCCGAUCGACCUCUUGCUUCACGUUCCUGUCGUACUGCAUUCUCUACCUCACCAUCAUUAAAUCGUUUGCCGUUUAUGGAGUCGACACUUUUACUGCUGUGAACCUGUUGGCGUUUUCGCGCUGGGCGUCUCAGAUUAAGCCAAAAAUCCCCUUUGGAAUUUCGAAAUGGAUCUUCUCCGGGUGCAUCAUUCUCUCCUUUGUCCUUCUGGCAUACCGUUGGAUCCGUGCCAUACGCGUAAUUAAAUCUGGCGGAGUUGCUCAGAGCUACCUUGACCCGAUCGCCGUUCGUGUUCAAAGUACUCGAAUGGGAAGCGAAGGCCAGGGUUUCCGCCGGUUCCUCGUCUUUGCAGAAUUGACAAAAAGUAAGAAAGGAGCUGACUACGUCGCCCUGUUCACCUACUUUAACUUUGAAUCCUGGCUGCGAGUUAUCUUUGCCGAAGGCCCCCGCCAAGCUAUCAACGGAUUCACUCUUUAUUCUGUAAUGGAGCUGCGCCUGAUCCCGAUAGGAGAGAACGCUCCUUCUGACGGGACUCCGGCAGUGGUACAGUUCUUCAACAACGUCGAGGCGCUGGCCGAGAAGGACAAGCUCCAAGCGACCAUCUUAUUCGCCAUGCUUUUCACAUUCGUCAUCUGGGUCUUGUCGAUUUUGAGUUUAGCGUUAUCGCUGAUCAUGUACUUGCUGUUUCUGUGGCAUCAUAUCCCGAGUGAAGACGGUUCGCUCACGGCAUAUUGUCGACGGAAAAUUAACACGCGACUGGAGCGCAUUGUCAAAAGAAAGGUCGAUAGAGCUCUUGCCAAGGGUCUUGCUCUUCAGGAUCGGAAACGAACGGAUCUAGAGACAGGCGUCGAGAGUAUCAAACAACAGCCGACGUUACCCACCUUUGACUAUGCGAGCAGCAACCUGUCAAGUGUGCCGCCUAUGCCAGGCCUUUCUCGACAGACCACGGCGACAACACUGCCUCCAUACUCCAGAGCGGCCCCGUCCGGCAGUGGUGGGCAAUUUGGAAUGGACCGUCAGCCAACGCUGCCGGAUAUGAAAUGGGAAAAUCAACCGUUGCCCACGAGCACUCCCGGACCGGGCACUCGAACGUCUGACGAUACUGCAUCGCUCGUAAACAACGCUGGAGGAUUUGGGUAUACCGCGCCGCCCAGUGAAGCCUUGUCAUCGCCAACUGAACGAUACGGAACUCCUUUCUCUGCUUCGAUGAGUGACGUUUCUCUUCCCGGCGGCCGGGCUCGUCGAACUCCUGCCCCUUCCAUUGCCCCUUCCGUGGAUCCAUAUGGACGGGCUCCCCCGAGCCUGCCGGCUCCAAGGCUGCCAACUCCGAGAAUGCAGUCCCCGGCUCCACGAGAAGGCUAUAGUUUUGCAAGGCCGCCCCCGCCAGCUGCCACCGUCCCAGAGCGAUCCGUGACCGCUCCCAUACCAAGUGUCACUCCUUCGCCCAGUUCUUACCGCAAUUUCACUCGGCCAUGGCCAGCUCCCACCCAAGUUUCCGGGCAAUCCUCCAUGUCUCAAUAUUCAAACGCACUUCCCUCUCCGCGGCGAGUAGGAACUGCUCCACCUUCCCAAGGCUCGCUGCCGUACAAUCCCGGCCCCCGGUUUUGA